CUCCCGGGCACAACAACAGUCUGUGGGUGAGUCCUCGAGUUAUUAGACGAUCUUUGGAGUUCUGCGCUGACAUUUUCCUCUUGAGUGAGUCAUCUUUGUAACAGACGAUCUUCGGAGCAACACACCAGCUGUCAGGAUAAAUCUCGCCCGGUGUAUCUUCUGCCUCCACUGCUGUCUCUUCUCUUCAGAUUUAACCUCCCCUCGGAUGCUUUUUGUUUUUGCGGGGAUGCGAAAUAUGUUCUGAUUCACCCUGCAAGCGAUGAAUGACACGAGCACCGAGGGGACCGGGCCGGCGGAGGUUCUGUUGACGUCGGGCUGCCGAGCCCCGCUCCGCAUCGGAGGAUGGAGCCGAGGCUGAGCGGGGGUGGCAAGCCGUCCGUAUCCCGGUUCCUCGGCCCUGUCCUCGUCUUCUCCAUCCUGGCUGUGUCAGUGAGUUGCCAUGGACCGUGCAAACACCGGGUCCCGCCUCCCGAAGAGCUCGUCCAUCACGUAUACUUGAAGCCUGAGCGCCUGACGAAGAGGAGCUCCCCCGACAACCUUCAGCUGAAGAUCAAGAUCAUCUACGACUACAGUGUUGACCAGCUUCCUGCAGACAAGAGGAGACUGGUGAAGGAUAAGCUGUUUCCUCCGGCCAUCGACUACCUGCAGAGGGCCUUCAGUGUGAGGCGCAGGGUGGGGCCCGUACUGCUCAGCAGACAAUGUUCAACCAACCAGUACCUGAGGAAGAGAGAUGACCCUCAUCGCUACUGCCAGGACGCCUGCGCCGACAUCACGCGGUGCGGCCCCGUCGUCGUACCACAGCACCACCUGCAGCAAUGCAAGGUGUGCAGUGAGUCGGGGAAGUCGUGCGGCCCCGUGGGGCCCCCGGAUGGCCCCGGAGUGGAAGGCUCCGACUUCGUGCUCUACGUCAGCGGCAUCACCACGGAGCGCUGUGGGCAGGAGAACAUCGUGGCCUACGCUGCGUACUGCCAGCUGGAGGCGGAGCUGGACAGACCAAUUGCCGGCUACGCCAACCUGUGUCCGGCUAUGAUCUCCUCUCUGCCUCAGGAGUUUGAAGGGAUGCUCUCCACCGUCAAACAUGAGAUCAUCCACGCUCUGGGGUUCUCAGCGGGUCUGUUUGCCUUCUACCACGACGAUGACGGCAAACCUCUGACUCCUCGCUUCGCCAGCGGCCUGCCCGCCUUCAACGAGACCCUGGGUCUGUACCAGUGGAGCGAGGCUGUGAUCCGGCCGGUCGGCCGGCUGUGGGACAUCAGGGGAGGACUGAUGGUGCGACACCAGGUGCACGUCCUGGUCACUCCCCGAGUCGUGGAGGAGGCCCGGAGACAUUUUAACUGUCCCAUCCUGGAGGGGAUGGAGCUGGAGAACCAGGGCGGGACGGGGACCGAGCUCAACCACUGGGAGAAGAGACUGCUGGAGAACGAGGCGAUGACGGGCUCCCACACCCAGAACCGGGUGUUCUCCCGGCUCACGCUGGCCAUCAUGGAGGACAGCGGCUGGUACCGGGCCAACUACAGCCUGGCGCAGCGGCUGGACUGGGGCCACGGCCUCGGCUGCGACUUCGUCAUGAAGAGCUGCAAGUUCUGGAUGGACCGACAGAGGCAGAGGCGACACUCGGUGACGCCGUACUGCGACACGGUGCGAGCGUCUCCGCUGCAGCUGACCUGCAGACAGGACCAGCUGGCCGUGGCCGUCUGCAACCUGCAGAAGUACCCACAGCAGCUGCCACUCCAUUACCAGUACUUUGACAGCAUCCCUGGCGUCUCCUCCGAUCAGCUGGCGAUGUUUGGCGGCGCCGUGGAGAUCGCCGACUUCUGUCCGUUCAGUCAGGAGUUCAGCUGGCACCUGAGUGGAGAAUACCAGAGGAACUCCUACUGCAGAGUGGCCCAGAACCAGCCAGACUGGUGGAGGAACUACGGAGCGGAGCAGUACGGACCAGACUCUGUGUGUCUGCACCAGAAGUCGGCCUUCGUCAUGGAGCAGUGCACCAGGAAGAUGACCUACCCCGACUGGGGCUCCGGCUGCUACAAGGUGUGGUGCUCGUCCCGUGGCCUGACGGUGUUCGUCCAGGACCGCUCCUUCCUGUGUGUGCGUGCGGGUCAGCAGCUGAGCGUGAGCGUGCGGGUCAGCGACUGGGUCUACAACGGUGUCCUGGUCUGCCCCGCCUGCUCUGACUUCUGCGACGACUGCCCCCCUCCGCACCAGCUGUUGCCCGGCAACGCCACGCGGAGUUCCCCCAUCGACCCCUGCUCCAGCUCUCCAGGUCUGGCCGUCACUCUGUGGCUGCUGCUGCUCAACCUGCUCCCCCUGGUGGCCGGACUGCUGCUCUGCCACUGCAGCUGAUAUCUCUCACACACACACACACACACACACACACACACACACACACACACACACACAAAGGAGGGCCAGAACAACUUCCGAGGAGAUAUCCAAUAAGAGACCAGGGAUUCCCCCUCUGUGACAUUCCUCCUUCUUUUCUUCAUUCCUACGUUCUUUCCUCUUUGUUUUCUCCAUCCCUAACCUCCUCAUGACUAGGAUCGGGCUUCCAGAAGCCAUUCUGACUCGGAACCGUUUCAAACAUCCUAUCGGAAUCGUUUUCGUUUGGAAUCCGGAAUCAACACGCGCAACUUUUGGUUUCUGUAGCGGCCGCCGUC